AUGAAGAAGCAGCUCACCGACAACCCGGUCAUGGAUAUGCACGUAAUCCAGAAGGUUAGUUUGGGAGAUGUGCCACAUAGUGUUAGAAGUUGUUUUCUGUACUGUUGCAUGUUCCCAGAGAAAUAUGUGAUGCAGAGAAAAUCUCUAGUAAGACUUUGGGUUGAACAAGGGUUUGUUGAAGAGAGUGAACAUAAGACACUCGAGGAGGUGUCUGAGGAUUAUCUAACCGAACUAAUCCACCGGUGUCUAUUGCUGGUAGUCAAGAGGAAUGACUCUGGAUGUGUAUAUGAAGUUCAAAUGCACGACAUCUUCUGUGUUUUAGCUCGUUCCAAGGCACGUGAAGAGAACUUUUGCGGUGCCUAUAACCCCUUGAAAAUUCAUGCCAUCAGAGAAGCACGACGUGUAUCAACUGAAACAGGGGAUAUUGCUCUGUUGGCACAGAGUGCUCCGCAUCUCCGCUCAUUGCUUGUCUUCCACAGUUCGUUUAGCUUCAUUUCACUCCGUUCACUAGCAAUGAGUAAUAAGUUGUUAUCCGUUUUGAACCUGCAAGAUAGUUCAAUUACGAGGCUACCAGCAGAGGUGUUUGGCUUGCGUAAUCUGCGGUUUCUCGGCCUUAGGCGAACAAAAGUCUCGAGUCUUCCAGGAUCCAUCGGAAGACUAAAAAAUUUGCUGGUGUUGGAUGCCUGGAAGUGUGAAAUAAUGAAGCUACCAUCGCAAGUUAUGAAGCUCAGUAAGUUGACACAUCUUAUUGUGACUUCCAAGCAUGUUGGACCAUCAUUGCAGUUUGUUCCUUCUGUUGGUGUACCAGCUCCUGCUGGUAUAUGCUCUUUGACUAGCCUGCAGACACUUCUACAGAUGGAAGCUAGUGCUGAAAUGAUCCGUGCCAUGGGAGCUCUCGUGGAGUUGAGAACAUUCCGUAUCAGCAAAGUGCAAGGUUGCCAUUGUGAAGAUCUGUUCAAGGGUAUUGGCAGAAUGAUUCAUCUUACCCGUCUCGGAAUCCAGGCAGAUGAUAAUCAGGAAAUUUCGCAUCUCAAAGCAUUUCAGGCACCUCCCUUGCUUCAGAAGCUUUUCUUGCUUGGUGCACUAUCCAAGGAAUCCUUGCCUAAUUUCUUCACAGCACUUAGUAAACUGAAGAACCUCAAAUUUCUGAGGCUUGUUGGCUCACGGCUUAACAACGACGCUUUUCUGUAUCUUAAGGGAUUGGAGCAUCUAGUUAAGCUUCAACUUUAUCAUGCGUAUGCUGGUGAUAAGUUGUACUUUCCUGCAGCAUCAUUUCCGAAGCUCAGGGUACUGAAAAUACGGGGUGGACCAUAUCUCGAUGAAAUAGAGAUAGAAAGAGGCGCCAUGGCGAGCUUAGUUGAUCUUAAGCUCCUGCUCUGCCCACAGCUGAAGAUGCUGCCAGAUGGUAUUGAACAUGUGAGGACUCUUGAAGAACUGACUUUGGACGUGGCAGAAGAACUGAUUGACAGGGUUUGGCAGAAGAAAGAGAGGAGGAUUUUUCAUAUCCAACGAGUUUAUGUUGGGCCUCAGAGCUUACCGAUGAAAAACAAGGAGAACAAGAGAGCAAACAACGUAAAGGUCGCUGAAAACUUCCGACAGUACCACUCACUACAACACGCCGUCGGCUUUCCCCCUCCCCCCAUCGGUGGCCUAUCUGUGAUAGAGCCAGGAAACAUAAAAGAGUGA